AAAUUUUUCACCACCGAUUUUUCACUUUUUUUAAGGAAGAAUUUAUCAAUUAAUUGGAAAAUUAUCAACACUAUGGUUCAAUCAUCUGUCUUAGGUUUCCCCCGUAUUGGUGGCCAAAGAGAAUUAAAGAAAAUCACCGAAUCUUACUGGAGUGGUAAGGUUACUGUCGACGCUUUAUUGGCCAAGGGUAAAGAAUUGAGAAAGCACAACUGGGAAUUGCAAAAGCAAGCCGGUGUGGAUGUCAUUGCUUCCAACGACUUCUCCUUCUACGACCAGGUCUUGGACUUGUCCUUGUUGUUCAACGUCAUCCCCGACAGAUACCUCAAGUUUGACUUGGCCCCAAUUGACAUUUUGUUCGCCAUGGGUAGAGGUUUGCAAAGAAAGGCCACUGACACCACUGCUGCUGUCGAUGUCACCGCCUUGGAAAUGGUCAAGUGGUUUGACUCCAACUACCAUUAUGUCAGACCAACCUUAUCCAACUCCACCGACUUCAAGUUGAACGAAUCUGCUGGUUUAAAGCCAGUUGCCGAAUACUUGGAAGCCAAGGAAUUGGGUAUUGAAACCAGACCUGUCAUUGUUGGUCCUAUUUCUUACUUGUACUUGGGUAAGGCUGACAAGGACUCUUUGGACUUGGAACCUUUGUCCUUGUUGGAAAAGUUGGUGCCAGUCUACAAGACCUUAUUGGCCAAGUUGAAGGAAGCUGGUGCUAAGUCCGUCCAAAUCGACGAACCAAUCUUGGUGUUGGACUUGCCAGAAUCUGUUCAGGCCAAGUUCCAAGCCACCUACGAAGCCUUGGUCGAUGCUUCUUCUCCAGAAAUCAUCUUGGCUUCUUACUUUGGUGAUGUCAGACCAAACUUGUCUGCCAUCAAGUCUUUGCCAGUUGCUGGUUUCCACUUUGACUUUGCCAGAGUUCCAGAACAAUUUGAAGAAGUUGCUUCUAUCUUGAACGACAAGCAAAUCUUCUCUGUUGGUGUGGUUGAUGGUAGAAACAUCUGGAAGAACGACUUUGCCAAGUCUUCCGAAAUCAUUUCCAAGGCCAUUGCCAAGGUUGGUGCCGACAGAGUGUUGGUUGCGACCUCCUCUUCCUUGUUGCACACUCCUGUCGACUUAAAGUCUGAAUCCAAGUUGAACCCUACUAUCAAGGACUGGUUCUCUUUUGCUACCCAAAAGUUGGAUGAAGUCGUUGUGUUGACCAAGAGUGCCAAGGGUGACGAUGUGACCAAGGAAUUGGAAGCCAAUGCCGCCUCCAUCAAGUCCAGAAAGGAAUCCUCUAUCACCACCAACCCUAAGGUUCAAUCCAAGUUGGCUGAAAUUGACGAAUCCAUGGCCACCAGAAAGUCUCCAUUCGAACAGAGAUUAACUGUCCAACAAGCCAAGUACAACUUGCCAUUGUUCCCAACCACCACCAUUGGUUCUUUCCCUCAAACCAAGGAUAUUAGAGUGAACAGAAACAAGUUCAACAAGGGUGAAAUCACUGCUGAACAAUACGACGAGUUCAUCAAGAAGGAAAUUGCUGAGGUUGUUAAGUUCCAGGAAGACAUUGGUUUGGAUGUGUUGGUCCACGGUGAACCAGAAAGAAACGAUAUGGUUCAAUACUUUGGUGAAAAAUUGGACGGUUUUGAAUUCACCCAAAACGGUUGGGUUCAAUCUUACGGUUCCAGAUACGUCAGACCUCCAAUUGUGGUUGGUGAUGUUUCCAGAACCGUUGCAAUGUCGGUUAAGGAAUCGGUUUACGCUCAAUCCUUGACCAGCAAACCAAUGAAGGGUAUGUUGACUGGACCAGUCACCUGUUUGAGAUGGUCUUUCCCAAGAGAUGACAUUUCUCAAAAACUCCAAGCCUUGCAAUUGUCCUUGGCCUUGAGAGAAGAAGUGGUUGAUUUGGAACAAGCCGGUAUCACCGUCAUUCAAGUCGAUGAACCAGCCUUGAGAGAAGGUUUGCCAUUGAGAGCCGGUAAGGAAAGAUCCGACUACUUGGACUGGGCUGCUCAAUCUUUUAGAGUUUCUACCUCUGGUGUCGAUGACAGUACCCAAAUCCACUCCCAUUUCUGUUACUCAGACUUGGAUCCAAACCAUAUCAAGGCUUUGGAUGCUGAUGUUGUUUCUAUUGAAUUCUCCAAGAAGGAUGAUCCAAACUACAUCCAAGAAUUCUCCAACUAUCCUAACCACAUUGGUUUGGGAUUGUUUGACAUUCACUCUCCAAGAAUUCCAUCCAAGGAUGAAUUCGUCAAGAGAAUCAGUGAAAUCUUGAAGGUUUACCCUGCCAACAAGUUUUGGGUUAACCCAGAUUGUGGUUUGAAGACUAGAGGUUGGACUGAAGUUAAGGCUUCUUUAACCAACAUGGUGGACGCCGCCAAGCACUUCCGCGAACAAUACUAAAUGUGUUGUUCUGUUCUUUAAGAGCCCCUAAACACGGGUUUAUGCAUUAUUCAAUUCAUUUGUUGAUGCCGUGUCCUUUGAUAUUACAUUUAUUCAACAUUAAUGUAAUCUGAUCAUUACUAUCAAUAUCGUUUGAUUGUCUUUUUAUAUAGUUUUUGUAUUGUUUUUGUUUGCUGGGGGUUUUUAAAAUGGGAUUUCAACAUCGGUUUAAUAUAUAUUUUGAUUUUUUCAACCACGACUGAUUUUUUGU